AUGGUUGCAUCACAAGAUAUUGCCAAGCGGGAUGUAUCUUCGAUGAGGACCGGGGGAGAGAAAAAUGGUGACAAUAAUGCGGCGGAAGAGUUGAGAGAUCUGGAAUCAGAUGCUGAGUCUGUGGAUACUAAAGCUGGGUCUAUUUGGACGAUUAUGGGAUCUGCAAUGGCAAACUAUUCAGAUGGAUAUCAACAGGGCUUGGCCUCAAGUACAAAUGUCGUAUUCAAUCACCUCCUCGGCACCAAAAUCUACACUUCCACAAUCCAAACCCGUAUUUCCAAUGCCCUACUCAUCGGUUCCGUAAUCGGCAUCCUCAUUCUCGGUUACACAUCCGAUAAAUUUUCCCGCAAGGGCGGCAUGCUCUUCACAUCCGCCCUCGUGAUCAUCGGAUCUCUCCUCUCAACGCUCGCAUUGCAAGUCCAGCCCUCCUCACACAUGCUCUGGUACCUCACCAUCGCCCGCGGCAUCGCCGGCGUGGGCGUCGGAGGCGAAUAUCCGGCCUCCGCCGCCGCGGCGCUCGAAGGCUCCGCCGAUUCCUUCGAUGCGCAAAGAGGUCCCAUCCAAGUCUUCAUCUCGACCCUGAUGGCCACAACCGGUUCUCCCACCUGCACCCUCGUCUAUCUCCUCGCGCUCCUCGCCUCGCACAACAAUCUCACCGUCGCCUUCCACGCCAUCUACAGCAUAAGCACCCUCCUCCCGCUCGUCGUCAUGCUCGUCCGUCUGCGCAUGACGGACGGGAAACUCUUCCGCGCAUCGAAUUUCCGCACGCGCCCCACGCCCUGGCGUUUCGUGCUGCGCACCUACGGACUUCGUGCUCUGGGCACCAGCACCGCCUUCUUCCUCUACGAUUUCGUCAACUUUCCAAAUAGCAUCAUGAGCGCCGCCAUCAUCAACGGGCUCGUGCCCGGGAAAAAUAUCCGCACCGUCGCCAUCUGGCAGUUUGUGCUCGCCAUCUUCCCCAUUCCGGGGGUACUGCUGGGUAUGUGGCUCGUGAACCGCAUCGGACGCAAAUGGACUGGCAUUCUCGGGUUUGCGGGCUACAUCCUCUUGGGAUUUAUCAUCGGGGGAUGUUAUGGGAGACUGACGACGGCGGAAAACCUCCCCGCGUUCAUCGUGCUGUAUGGACUCUUUGCGAGUCUGGGACACAUGGGACCCGGUGCGACGAUUGGGCUGAUGAGCGCGGAGAGUUUCCCGACUGCGAUUAGAGGGUUGGGGUAUGGGGUGAGUGCGGGGUUUGGAAAGGCGGGCGCGGCAGUGGGGACGCAGGUUUUUACGCCGAUUCAGGAGGCGGCGGGGAAGAGUAGUACGUUUUUUGUGGCGGGGGGUGUGGGGGUGUUGGGGGUGUUUGUUUAUUGGUUUUUGCCCGAGGGGAGGGGGGUGGAUUUGAGGGAGAUGGAUGAGGAGUUUGAGAGGGGAUUGAAGGAGGAGGUGAGAGAUUAG